AUGAUCAGCCAUCACCAUGGCUCUGUCCGGUCAAAUUUGGUCUCUCCGACGACAAAUACAAGGUUGCGUGUUGUGCUCGUGCUACCACUACUACCAGUUGUUCUUAUUACUACUGUCACUGGUUGCUACACCUCUCUCUUCAGCUUCGGAGAUUCCCUCACUGAUACCGGCAACUUGUAUUUCAUUUCCCCUCCCCAGAGCCCCAAUUGCUUACUCCCUCCCUACGGACAAACCUACUUUCAUCGCCCCACUGGACGAUGUUCCAAUGGACGCCUUAUCCUCGAUUUCCUCGCUGAUUUUCUGGGGCUUCCGUAUUUAGAACCCUAUCUGGGUUUCAAGAAUGGAGAGGUGAAACGGGGGAAUAUUGAGCAGGGAGUAAAUUUCGCGGUGGCCGGAGCCUCGGCGUUGGACCGCAGUUUCUUUGAAGAAAAGGGGUUCACUGUUGAUGCGAUCGCAAACUUUUCUCUGAGGGUCCAGUUAGAUUGGUUCAAGGAAUUGCUGCCUUCGCUCUGCAAUUCUUCUUCCGGCUGCAAAAAAGUUAUUGGCAACUCCUUAUUUAUCGUGGGAGAGAUUGGAGGCAAUGAUUAUGGCUAUCCUUUGUCUGAAACAACUGCAUUUAGAGAUCUUGUGCCUUAUAUACCCCAAGUAGUAUCUGUGAUCACUUCAGCGAUCAGGGAGUUGAUUGAUUUAGGGGCUGUAACAUUUAUGGUUCCUGGAAUGUUCCCACUCGGAUGCAAUCCAGCCUAUUUAACAAGAUUCGCGACUACAGAUGAAGAGAAGUAUGACCAAGUUGGCUGCUUGAAAUGGUUAAACACGUUUCAUGCCUACCACAAUGAGCUGCUCCAGAUUGAGCUAAAUCAGCUUCGAGGGCUAUAUCCUCAUACCGAUAUUAUUUAUGCAGAUUAUUUCAACGCUGCAUUGCAGCUUUACAAUUCUCCAGAGCAAUUUGGGUUUGGUGGAAAUGUUCUGAAAGUUUGUUGUGGAGGUGACGGCCCCUACAAUUACAAUGAUACGUCCAAGUGUGGGGAAGCAGGGGUGGUUGCUUGUGAUGAUCCUUCACACUAUGUUAGCUGGGAUGGUUAUCAUAUGACCGAGGCUGCAUAUAGAUGGAUUGCCAUAGGUUUAUUAGAUGGACCCUACACCAUUCCUAAAUUUAGUGUCUCUUGUUUCACAGUGUUCUUGCUCGACCAUCUUCUUAGAAACACUAUGAAGAUCUAUAUUUUACUAGUCAUUACUUCCUUAACAUUUGGUUUCCAUGAGAAAGUUGUUUCAAAUCCAAGUAAUGGUCCAUAUAAUGCAAUGUUCAAUUUUGGUGAUUCUUUGAGUGACACUGGCAAUUUACUUGCUUCUGGAGCCUUAUCAUUCCCAGUCAUCGGAAAGCUUCCUUAUGGUGAAACCUUCUUUAAUCGUUCAACCGGCCGUUGCUCAGAUGGACGACUAAUAAUUGAUUUCCUAGCUGAGGCAUUUGAGUUGCCAUAUUUACCACCCUUUCUGGCACUAACCAAAGACCAAAACAUCCAUCGUGGGGUAAAUUUUGCCGUUGCUGGAGCCACAGCACUUGAUCCAAAAUUCUUCAUUGAAGCCGGACUUGAGAAAUUUCUAUGGACAAAUAAUUCACUGAGCAUUCAGCUUGGCUGGUUUAAGAAACUUAAACCCUCUCUUUGCGCUACUAAACAAGAUUGUGAUAGCUACUUCGAACGCUCUCUCUUUCUGGUGGGAGAGAUAGGUGGUAAUGAUUAUAACUAUGCUGCCAUUGCUGGAAAUAUUUCUCAACUUCAAGCUACUGUUACUCCUGUUGUCGAAGCAAUAACAAUGGCCAUCAAUGAAUUGAUAGCUGAAGGAGCAAGAGAGCUUUUGGUGCCGGGGAAUUUGCCAAUUGGCUGCUCUGCGGUAUACCUAACUUUGUAUAAAAGCGGGAACCAGGAGGACUACGAUAAAAAUGGAUGCUUGAAAGCUUUCAAUGGUUUUGCAGAGCGCCAUAACCAGGAGCUCCAGCAAGCCUUGGAGACACUAAGGCAAAAGAAUCCUCAUGCAAGGAUACUAUAUGCAGACUAUUAUGGUGUUGCCAAACGUUUCUUCCAUGCACCAGGACACUAUGGGUUUUCUAGUGGGGCAUUGAGAGCAUGCUGUGGAGGUGGUGGACCCUACAACUUCAAUUUGUCAGCAAGGUGUGGUCACAUUGGUUCAAAGGCCUGUGCAGAUCCAUCCAGAUAUGCAAACUGGGAUGGAAUUCAUUUGACGGAAGCAGCUUAUAGGUACAUGGCCAAAGGUCUAAUUAAUGGUCCAUUCUCAUAUCCUCCACUCAAGCCCUCUCCCUACCAGAUAGCCUAG